AUGAAGCCCCUUCUGCUGCUGGCAUUGAUCGUGGUCUCUGGCUUGCCUCAAAUCUAUGGCGAUUUGCUGCAAUUCUCAAGGAUGAUCAAGAGCAAGACAGGAAAGAACGCACUUUUAAGUUAUGGUGCCUACGGUUGUCACUGUGGCAAGGGUGGCAGAGGAACCCCCAAGGAUGCAACAGAUUGGUGCUGUGCCAGGCACGACUGUUGCUACAAAAAUCUGAAAAAACUUAGCUGUGGCACAAAAUUGCUGAAGUAUGAUUAUACCAUAGCAGGGAGCUCAAUCACCUGCAAAGCAAACCAGAGCUCCUGUCAGAAGCAGCUGUGUGAAUGCGAUAAAGCUGCUGCCUCCUGCUUUGCACAAAACCUGAAGAGCUACAAGAAAAUAUACCAGACCUAUCCCAAUUUGAUGUGCCGUGGGAAGACCCCCAGUUGCUGAGAAGCCCAAUUUCUCGGAGCUCUUGCCACCCCGUGCUGAGUCCCCAUCUCCCACUCUUUUUGUCCCUCC